UUGAAUUCAAACGGUAGAAGUUGUCUUAUUUCUCCCUUCCUGCAACCCUCUGAGUGGAUCUGACUUGAGGCCGGAGGGAGGUUUGUGGCCUCCAGGAGUUUAAUCUUUCCGGGGAAAAGUCCAUGAAGAGGUGUCUUUGAGGGGACUGGGGAGCAUGGAAGACGAGUGUGGUGUUUGGGGGCCGCGAGGAUUUGGGGGAAAGAGCCGGGCCCUCUGAGAAGGGAGAGGCCGAGUUCGGCAGCGGAGGCCUGGGGGGCUGUUUUUCUUCGGGAUUUAAGGGCCUUGUUUUGGAUGUUGAGCUAGGCAAAGGGGAUCAGGCAACAUGGACAAAUCUAAAGAAAACAGUGUUUCAGGACCUAGCAACAAGACAAUGACUCCACUUGGAGAAGGUCCAAAACGUGUGCCUGUGACUCAACAGAUUUCUUCUCAGAAUCGGUUACCUGCAAGUAGUGGGCAAGCUCAGCGGGUCUUAUGUUCUUCAAAUACUCUUCUAGUUUCUUCCCAGGCACAAAAGAAUGUCUCUAGUCAUAAAGCAAUUCAGACUCAACAGCCACAGAAGUUACAACCAGCACCUGUAAUUCACCCUGCAUCAAGACCACCAAAGAGCACUCUAAAUACUGAGCAAUCUCAAACACCAGUGUCUGCAAGCACUCCUGGAAAGGGAGAGACACCAAGGCAGAAAAACGAGGAAACAAAAAAAAGGCAGUGGGCAUUGGAUGACUUUGAAAUUGGUCGCCCUUUGGGAAAAGGAAAGUUUGGAAAUGUUUACUUGGCACGAGAGAAGCAAAGCAAGUUUAUCCUGGCGCUUAAAGUGCUUUUUAAGGCUCAACUGGAGAAAGCAGGAGUUGAACAUCAGCUGAGGCGAGAAGUAGAAAUACAGUCCCAUCUUAGGCAUCCUAAUAUUCUGAGAUUAUAUGGUUAUUUUCAUGAUGCCACAAGAGUUUACCUAAUUCUAGAAUAUGCACCUCGUGGAGAAGUCUAUAGAGAGCUUCAAAAGCUUUCCAAGUUUGAUGAACAAAGAACAGCUACUUAUAUCACAGAGCUGGCAGAUGCCUUAUCAUACUGCCACUCAAAAAAGGUGAUUCAUCGAGACAUUAAGCCAGAGAACUUACUACUUGGAUCAGAUGGAGAGCUGAAGAUUGCAGAUUUUGGCUGGUCAGUUCACGCUCCAUCAUCUAGGAGGACAACUCUUUGUGGCACACUUGACUAUUUACCUCCUGAGAUGAUUGAAGGCAGGAUGCAUGAUGAAAAAGUAGAUCUAUGGAGUCUUGGAGUUCUGUGCUAUGAAUUUCUAGUUGGAAAACCUCCUUUUGAGGCAGAAACAUAUCAAGAAACUUACAGAAGCAUUUCAAAGGUUGAAUAUAAAUUCCCUGACUUUGUAACAGAAGGGGCUAGGGAUCUCAUUUCAAGACUUUUGAAGCAUAAUCCUUACCAAAGGCUGACACUAAAGGAGCUCCUUGAACAUCCUUGGAUCAUAGCAAAUUCUUCAAAAUCACCAAGCAGCCGAAAAAGCAAAGAAUCAAACAGUACAAAAUCUUAAGAGUCUUGCCCUCUAGGAAAUUUGAGCCAAGGUUACUAUGUUGCCAUACAAGAAAUGCUACUGAAGUGGGAUAUAGUUUUGGGAAAUUGCCUUCUGUCUGGGUUGUUGAAGGGGAAAAAAAUUAACUUGAAUCGUCAGUACUUUAACUUGCACUAGUUGUAAUCUUCAAUUCUGUGAGUUAAGUGAGAAAAUUCAACUAUAUGUAAACAUCAUUCUGAAGUAAGACAGUUGAAGGAAUAAAAGCAAACACAAAGUUGCUUAUUGGCUCAGUCUUCUGAGGCAGGUUGACACAGAGGAGCUGCCAAAGAGCCUGUGUUAAGGUGCCCUAGACACAGAAUGUUGAAAUUGCUGAGAAAGUUGGACUACAGUUGUCCUCAUCUUGGUGUCUUUUUAAGGACAGUGCAAUAACUUCCCAAUAACUCUAAGUGGUGGUGUUGUUUUUUAAUUUAUUGGGCAGAUGAGGCUUUUGUCAUGUGGUCUGAAUCUGAACAAAACUGGUAAAUCUCUACGAACACUGAUUUUCUUUUCUAUGCUGUUUGAAUGUUGACUGUCCUACCAAUUUAUUAAAUAAAGACUUGUUUAAAAGCA